AGUAAGUGCUCACAUUCACUUGCGUUGCGCACAAAGGUCGCACAAUGGCCUUUGAAUAUUUGGAAAUAGAGGAUCCCGUGUACAAAGCUACCUGGCAGGAACGAGCCGAAGACGACUAUGUUCUAGUUAAACCAACGGAUUACAGUAUGAUUCCAGUUACCUGGCCGGAUUGGAAACCGGAGCAGUGCUGCCUGAACAAGAGGUUUAAAGCCCUGGCAGAUCGAAUCAAAAAUAUGGACGUUCGGUUGGAUGACGUUUGGUUGAUAACGUAUCCCAAGAGUGGUACAACCUGGUGCCAGGAAAUGAUUUGGCUUAUCUGCAACAAUCUGGAUUACGAGAAGGCAAACAACGUACAGCUAACUGACAGAUUUCCCUUUAUGGAAAUAAAUGGGCUUCGCGAGCUGCCUCCCGGCAUGGACCGUUUUCAGGCUACUCUUUCGAUGGAAUCGCCUAGGUUUAUUAAAACUCACCUACCAGUCGCAUUCCUGCCGGAUCAAAUUUGGACUGUAAAGCCGAGGCUGGUUCACGUUCGAAGAAAUCCGAAAGCGGUUGCCGUUUCGUAUUAUCACCAUUCCGUUUCACUGCACGGUUAUAAGGGUACGAUGGAUCAGUUUGUUCGAUCCAUGCUCAACGAACUGCAGUACUAUUCGCCCUAUCAUCGGCACGUGUUGGAGUACUGCAACCUGGAGUACGAGGAUGAUAUGUUGCAUUUAUGUUACGAGGAUAUGAAACGGGAUCUAAAGGGAACAUUGAAUCAAGUUUGCAAAUUUUUCAACAAAGCGUACUCCGAAGAACAGCUCGCAACGCUAGCUCAGCAUUUGUCAUUUGAGUCGAUGAAGGAUAAUAGUGCCGUCAAUGCUCGGCAGUGGGUGGAAUAUUGUUUGAAGAAAACGGACCGAGCCGAUAAAAUCAAGGACGCCAACUAUCAAUUCAUACGACGGGGAGAAUCCGAUGGUUGGAAGUCUGAGCUGAGCGGGGAACUGGCGCAGGAAAUAGACGAGUGGACGAGACGGAUGGUGACCGAACCGGAGCAGCGGGAGCUAUUCCGUUGUGAUUAGUUUUUAACGACGAUGAUUGUAUUAUACUAUUUGUACAAGAGUUUGUUAUUUGUUGGUUAGGGGGUUGCUAUAAAUAUAACACGAUUGUUAAGUUUUA